CAUAUGGGCCCCGCAGCCAUUUGUUGGCUUAUUUCAUAUCGCCAAUCGCUGACUUUCCCUGGCGUAGACUGGAUCUUCACCUACUCGUUGCACCGGAUCAAUCACUGACGUAGAGGAGGAGUGCGAGACUGUGAGGCUGUUGACUAAAAGUACUACUAGACGUCAUAGAUGGCAAGAAUACGAGGCUUUUGGUGAAAUGGGGUUAGUGGAGGAGGCUUCUUUACAACCCUUCAAGGCUUUUCUAGGUAAACUACAAACUGUCUCUCUCCUAGUGCUUUGGUCAAGCCUCUCAUCGUUCAUUGAACGACUACUUCAGCCAAAACCUCGCGUUGAGCGCUAUCGUCCAAAUUCACUUGAAGUUGAGGCUCUUACCUCAUCUCGAAACUUUUCCGUUUUCGAAACUUCGACUAUACCUUUUGUACCUGCAUUCGUAGCCAUGCCAAGGCGAGCUAGUUGUGGGUACCUUCCGGUUCUCACAUCCAUGCCGUGCCUUUUGAAUGUUCCGUCGGAUGCUAUCAGUAGAACCAGUGGCUCAGUACCGGUACUAUUGCAAACACCGACCUUUCGAUUUGCUAAGAGUUUCAGGUGAGCUUCAAGACUUCUCAACUCCUCCAUACAGGCUUUCC